CACAAGGCGGAAUUGGUGGGUUGGCAGUUUGCAGACCAGCAACGAAGACAGCAACCGAAAAAGGCCUUCCUUCCUUUCUUUUGCUUGCUCUGGCACUGUUGUGAGUGAGCGGAUUCCGUUCCAGUCUCUCCAACUUUCUCUUGUCUUUGUUGUUUGUGGUCUGUCGUCGUGUUUGAUUGAUUCCAUUGGUUCCAUCGGUUCCAUUGGUUCCACUCCAAAGCACCCCACAACCCACCUGGAAACCAUGUCAUACCACAAGAAAGACGACGAGCAUGACCGCAACCCCUUCACGCACUUGGAGAAGACCACUGUGCUCCAAGAAGCGCGGUCCUUCAAUGAGAUGCCCAUCAACGCACGCAAGUGCAUCAUCAUCCUCACAAAGAUCCUCUGCCUCGUGCACCAAGGCGAGACCUUUGGCACUCGCGAAGCCACGGAGACCUUCUUCUCCAUGACCAAGCUGUUCCAGCACAAGAAUGUGGCACUGCGGCGCAUGGUGUAUCUUUGCAUCAAGGCCAUGUCCACCAUUUCGGAGGAUGUGAUCAUGGUGACCAGCUCCCUCAUGAAGGACAUGAACAGCAAGGACGACAUCUACCGUGGUCCCGCCAUCCGCGCCCUCUGCACCGUCGCAGACGGCACCACGCUGCAGAGCCUGGAGCGCUUCCUGAAGCAGGCCAUUGUCGACCGCAACGUCUCUGUCUCAAGCUCAGCCCUCGUCUCAUCUCUGCACCUGCUGAGCAAAGGGCAGGAUGUGGUGCGGCGGUGGGUGAAUGAGGUGCAGCAGGCGGCGAACAACAGCACGGGCAUGGCGCAGUACCAUGCACUCGGCCUCCUCUACCACAUCAAGCAGCGCGACCGCCUGGCCGUGCAGAAGCUCGUGGCCACGCAGAUGCGCAACCCGGCGCUGUCGUCGCCCUUUGCGUACUGCCUGCUCAUCCGCUAUGCGAGCAAGGUGCUGGACCAGGACCCGGACGGUAGCGUCAACGAGGACAUCUUCGCCUUUCUCGAGCGCUGCCUCAGGCACAAGAACGAGAUGGUGGUGUACGAGGCUGCGCGCGCGAUUGUGAGCGUGAAGAACGUGACGUCGCGGCAGAUUGCGCCGGCCGUUGCUGUGCUGCAGGUGUUCCUUGGCUCGCCACGCCCCGUCCUCCGCUUUGCCGCCGUGCGCACGCUCAACAAGGUCUCCAUCACACACCCGAACGCGCUCAAGAGCUGCGUGCUGGACAUGGAGACGCUCAUCACAGACUCAAACCGCAGCGUCGCCACUCUGGCCAUCACAACCCUCCUCAAGACGGGGACGGAGUCGAGCGUUGACCGGCUGAUGAAGCAGAUUUCGUCGUUCAUGCAUGAGAUUACGGACGAGUUUAAGAUUGUUGUUGUUGAGGCCAUCCGCGCCCUCUGCCUCAAGUUCCCCCAGAAGUAUCCGGUCCUCAUGAACUUCCUCUCCUCCACCCUCCGCGACGAGGGCGGCUUUGAGUACAAGCGGGCGAUUGUGAAGACCAUCACGAGCAUCGUGGAGAAUGUGAAGGAGGCCAAGGAGACAGGCCUUGCGCAGCUGUGCGAGUACAUUGAGGACUGCGAGUACCCGGCGCUGCUCACCAGCAUCCUGGACAUGCUGGGGACGCAGGGCCCAACCACCUCCCACCCGCACAAGUACAUCCGCUUCAUCUACAACCGCCUCAUCCUGGAGAACUCUGUUGUGCGCGCCGCCGCUGUCGAUGCCCUCACCAAGUUUGGCCAGCACUGCGAGGGCGUGCGCCAGAGUGUUGUCAUCAUCCUCCGCAGGUGCAUGCUUGACAGCGACGACGAGGUGCGCGACCGCGUCAUGUUUGCCCUCAGCAUCCUCGAGGGCGGCCCCGCCGCCGACAUCACCCACAUGAUGCUGACGGAGUCUGAGACGGAGUACGUGGUGAAGUGCACCAAGCACGCGUUUGCCGAGCACAUUGUGUUUGAGUACAGCGUGACCAACACGCUCAACGACCAGAUUCUUGAGAAUGCGCAGGUGGUGAUGGAGGGCGGCGAGCAGGAGAUUGAUGCCGAUGACGUCAUCAUGAUCCCGGCGCCCAAGAUCGAGUACGACCAGACCGUUAGCUCCUUUGUCGCCUUCCCCUCGGACCCAACUGUCGGAGCGCAAACGUUUGAAACGCGCCUGGACUUUUUGGUGCGUGACGUUGAUCCGGACACGCAGGAGGUUGCCGAGGACAGCUACGAGGACACAUACGCGCUGGAGGACGUUGAUCUUGAGUUUGCCGACUUUAUGCAGGCCGUCUCCAAGCCCAACUUCUCCUCCGCCUGGUCUGCCAUGCAGGGCGUGGCUGAGGAGGCCGACACGUUCAACCUGGAGGCGAUCAAGUCGCUGCAGGACGCCGCGCGCAACAUCCCGUCCUUCCUCGGCAUGGCCACGUGUGAGAAGUCUAACGUCGUGCCCGAGGACGCGACCCGCCACACCCUCUUUCUCUCGGGUGUGUUUGUGGGCAACAUCCCCGUGCUGGCUGUGGCCAAGCUUGCCUUUGACCAAGGGGUGUCCAUGGAGUUGGCUGUGCGCAGCGAGAACGAGGACCUGUGCACCCUCAUCCUGCAGUCUGUGGCAUAACCGCCACCUCAGCAAGACACCCGCGUGUGCGCACGUAUGUUCACGUUCCGCAGUGCACAUUGUGCAGUGCAUGUUCAUGUGUGUUCAUGCAUUCACCCUUUCCCUCCCUCUUCACAUCCCUCCUCCCAACAAUCCACGCCAGACAAGCUGUUUUCGUGCAUGUCUGUCUUCUCGUAUCAAGUCUCGUGCCUACCCACCCGUCAUUCCUCCUUUCUUUCUUGGAUGUUUUUGCGUUCAAUUUACAGCAGUAAAACCACUCAAGCAAACC